GCGCUGUGAUCGAGUGCUCCUCGUGCGACAGAGAUAGAAAUAAAUAUUUCUCUCCCUCUCUCUAAUGGCGCGAGUCUACUUUCGAAGUUAUGUUGAUCGAGCGCAUUCGAUAGUAGCGACACAUAGGCAAGAUGCCAUACAUUACAAAACUGCUUCAAUUCUGUCUUACCCCCACCACUGAAAUUCCAGAAAGUUUCAAGACCUGUAUGAAAGACCGUGACUUUAACCAUACUGGAAUCCGUACGGCAGUGGUGUAGGCCGCGGAGAGAGAGAUAGCAAGAACACAUUUGAGUGUGCUAAGAACUAAAAAGUGAGUGCUUUAAAAUGGGUAAGUGGUGUGCGGUACCGGGAUGUAAAACCGGCAGCAGAACGGCAGAGAAACGUUCCGUAUUCCGUGUGCCGAAAGAUAUUACGACCUGGAAAAAGUGGGAACAAGCAAUACCGGGCAUCGUAAAGUUGCAGCAGAGUGAUAUUGUGUGUGAGAAACAUUUUAACGAGGAGGAUAUUGCUCGCGAAUGGGUCAAGUACGACGCGAAUGGCCGAGUAAUUGCGCGAGUUUCGUACAAGUAUCCACAGCUCAGAAAGCUUGCUGUGCCAACAAGAUUUCAUGAUGGCAAGGAGAACUGUGAGCCAUCGCAACUAGAUUCUUCCAGUGUUGUUGAUCAGAAUAAUGGUUCAAUUGGAGCAAUGUUCUCGUUUCCCAUGAAAUCGCCACUUCAAGAGUUCAGUGUGUACGCUGUUUUCAUUGCAGAUAUUAAUCGAGUUCCACUCGCUGUUCCAAAUACUGGAAUGUCAUCUUCAUCCAUGUCAGUAUCGAGCUGCGAUCAUCUGGGAGACAAUUCAUUGCUUUCUCAGAGGGCUACGAACGCAUAUUCAUCUUUUGAGAAUAGGGAACAAACCUUCAAUCUUGACAGAGAUGAACGUCUCGUAGCAGAUUCGUUGGGACGUUUGGAAUAUAGCGAUCAUGCAUAUGCAAAGCAAAUGUCACAUGCGCAAAGGAAUGUAAUUCCAGAAACCAGUACUUCUGCAGAAAUGCCGGAAGAAAAUGCGAUCACGGACGAGGACUUCUCUGCGUACGUUCCGGAGGAAUGGGGUUGGGCGAAGACAUCUACUGAAAUUGUUCAACGUACGAUCUUUACGUACACGAUAUUGAAGGUGAAGAACGGCAAGCAUUGUCCGGUAGCGCAGAAAAGUGUAACACUCGACGUGAACAAAAACUUGCAAUAUUUCAUGUACGGCCGUCACAUUGAUCCGGAAAACACAAAUUUGGAACGAAUUUUAAACGGCAAAGAAAAGCUCAAGGAUGUACUAGAACGAUUUAAGGGGAUGAACGUCUGCAGUGGAUUAGGCGACAUGAGCACUCAAUUUGUACAAGCCGGUGAAGCAUAUGAAGACUACGUCGACAAAUGGAGGUGUAACGGCUGCUCUCUGCUGUGCAAGAAGAAGAGAUGCGACUCCUGCAUUAACGUAAGGAAAUGUAUUCUGCAACGUACGGCACGGCUAAAGAAUCGACCGACGUUGAGUCGAAUUGGUGGCGUAUCAAACACAGUAGACCGGCGUAAGUUUCAGGCGAUGCGAAUGAAAAUUCGCCGUGAAACUCGUCGGAGAUUUCGUGCACAAAAUCGCGUGAAACAUCUUAUGUCCUGUCUGAAAGCACAAGAAACAAAAUUGGCAAGACUGAAAGAUCCUUCGGUGGACGUGAAAUUAUCUACGCUGGACAUCUCGACGUCACAAAAACUGGUGGUGAAGGAGAUUGUCGCCGCGGCAAGGAAAAAAGACGCCAGAAGUCGGCGUUAUACCGACGAAUGGGUAAUGUUAUGCAUGCUCAUGAGCAUUCGAUCGCCGAAGGACUACGAAUUCUUGCGCAAAAACAAUAUCCUGCCUCUCCCAUGUACGAGAACGAUACGCAAUUAUUUCUCGCUAAUUAACGCUAAAUGUGGGUUCGAUGAAGGAUUCGCGAGACUCCUCGAGAAAAAUCUUCGGAGUCGCAAUUGGUAGCAAUGAAAUCACGCGGCGGUCUGAUUCACGCGAAUCACCAUUUUUUCCAUCUCAUUCGUCGUGUAGAGGCGUCAUUUGCAAAGUAUUCCUUUCUCGUUGACGUCUUCGAUGUUACCCUCGAUGAAGUUCCUAAUACGUACUCCUUCACAUUUCCCUGUAAAGAGCACGCAUCCGAUAUCCUGUCCUAUGCGAUAGUAUACUAUAUUAGAUUAAGAAUGAGGCAAAACGCUCACCAGGAGAAUCUGAAACAGACAAAGAAGUUUGUUGUAAAGAAAAAACUCGCCAAAUUUACUAACGAAUAAGUAGUGUAAAUAUACUAUAGUAGUGGUGUAAAUAUGUCAAAGCGUCACUAUCUGUUUCGAAUACCUGCAAUUCUGCGAAAAUUUGAAUAAAAUUGAUAAAAUUGAAA